AUGCUCCUCGACUACCUUGACGAUCACCUCCUUCGGGAAAUCGCCACCUACCUCUCCGACCAUGACCUCAACGCCCUGGUGCAGACCUGCCGCCGCACGAGCGGACGCCUCAACAAUGACCUGUAUUAUCGCAACAUCCCCAGCGGCGAGCGGCCCUACGUUUUGGAGUGGGCGGUAGACAAGAAUUACAUCGGCACGGCUCGCCUGGCCGUCAUGAUGGGCGCCUCAGUCGCCUACACGCAAGAGCGAUAUAACCCCGUUCUCGUUCACGCGGCCAUCAUGGGCAACUUGGACAUGGUGUCCAUCGUGCUCGCUGCUUUUGACGUCAACGUCAACAUCACGGGCAUGUACGGCCGCACGGCGCUCGCCAACGCCUGCAUACUCAACGAUGUGCCCUUGGUCAAGCUACUCAUGCAGCAUGGUGGCCCCGGUCUCGACGUGGAGUUGCCCGAUGGCUGCGGAAUGACGCCCCUGAUGCACGCCGCCCAGUGCCGCAGUAUCCCCCUUUUCCAACUCCUCCUCGCUACGGGACGCGCCAGCGUGCACUCUCGGUGCAUCGCCGGCUACACGCCGCUCCUCCACGCCAUCACCGCCGCCUGCGCCAGGUAUAACGCUGCGGAAUGUGUCGAGCUGCUGCUCCAGGCCGGUGCGGACCCCUGCGCCAGGGAUGCCCGAGACCGCACCAUCCUGCGCCACGCCGUCGUGUGCGGCAGGAUCGAGGUCGUGAAGAAGCUUCUCGACACCGGAAAGGUUGACCCGGACGCCGAGGAAGGGGAGGACGGAGAAUUGGACACGGCGCGGGAAAUGGCCAAGCAGCAUCGCACGGAUGCGAUGGAGCGCCUACUUGACAAUUAUAAGCCGGUUCCUCUACGGAUUUCCGUCGAACUGUUCUACUAG